AUGCAAGAGUUCUGGUUUGAUGAAAUUGGUGAUAUCGAUGGAGAAUAUGUUCUGAGUAUAUACUUAAACCGUGAAGCGAAAGGUGAGCCAGGCUUUCUGUAUCUGUCCCAAAUAUGUACAAUAUCUGUAUUUGUUUGCCUCUUCACUCAUCACUCUUCACUAUUCACUCUUCACUCUUCACUCAAAAUCGAAACCGAAGAAAAAACUCGCACAGGAUUUCUAGGGUUUCUAUUUCCGAGGAGUCAAGAAGAUCAUGAGCUCUUUUCUGUUAAAGGAGAAGAAUGGAGUAUUCUGGAGAGGUUUGAAGGGAUCAGCAAUAUUUGCUCUUGGAUUCUACACUCGUAUGUGGCUGUAAAGGAUCUUUCGGAUGAUGCUUUAUUCCCUUAUUCAAAAAGAUUAGUUAAAGAAGGCGAACAGUUUUUGGCUGAAGUGAAGUCCGUAGCAAAGGCUCGUAAGGCUGAUCUGGCUGAGAUGAAAAAAAGUAAUAAGAUAAUGGACGAUCUAAUGCAGAAGGUUACGGCUCAAAUCGCUAAGGUGGAAAUAGCUAAGCUGGAAAAACUUAAGAAAGCCGAUAGACGAUACACUGUUGGAACGUGCUGUGAAUCGCAGGAAGAAUCUGUGUGGAGUUUCAUAUGAGGAAGUGGAUCAGAAGAAACCAUCUGAUUUGGUGCAUAGGAUGAACACUGAUGAAGGCAGAUUAUCAACUCUUUAAUGACUAAGUAGCUGAAGGUUUUGACGACCUGGUCUUAUUUAACUAACUUUUUAGGUGCUGGUAGUAAUUAAAUUGUUAAUCCUUGAAUAGAAAUCAACUUUUGAGUACCAUUGUGUAGUUUGUUUUGUUGUUACUGAGAGUUUUGGUACAUCAAAAGAAACAAGAAUUGAAUUAC